CUCUGAGACUACGUUUUAUCAUCCAACUGGCCAAUGUAGAUUGAAGUUACAUUUUUUUUCUAGUUGUUUUUAGUGAGAGCCAGGGAUAUUAUGAUCACUUUUCGAAAGACUGACGGUAGAGCUAAGUCAAAGAGACUUGAAAAAGUCCAUCAUUUAGAAGACGGUGUUACUUAUAUGAAUCUGUCACUGUAAAUACUAUCACGCGACAGACAAAUUAUCUUAGAAUUACACAGUUUACAAAAAUAAUGCGUCGAAAAAUGGUUCCUUCAUUAUUUUUGCUCUUCUUUUUGAUGAUUUGGGGAGAAUGUAUGACAAAGGAGGAGAUAGAAAAUUAUAGGUGAGUAAAGAAAUCAAAUCUGGCUAAAUACUAUAUGAUGUAUGUUUCCAGCUGUUUUUAGUGCAUCACGUCUUUACACGUUCGAAGAUAAUUCAUCACGCUGAAAUCACGAAAGGAGCACGAAAACUACGAUAUUCCGUGAAUUAUUACGGGGGCUAUUAUAUUUUAUCAUAUAUUUUAAUUGUUGAUAAGUUCGAUUCUCUUAAAUCGCCAGAGAAAAGCCCGCAAUAUUUUGCAGGAAGUGAUGCAGAGUAUUAGCAUAUCUCUUGUAUGUGCGACAAUCAUGGGAAGUUGUUUGAACCGCGUGUGCAGAUAGUGGGUCAUACAGGCGCGAGUUGCCCUUUGUUCCAAACAUCAUUACAAGCCAAAAUCGAGAAGAGCACAUUUAGUUAUCUCUAAGAUACGCGUGUUUUAUUUGAGUUGUGUUCCAAGAAUAAUUCAUUGCAUCAGGAAAAGCGAGCCUGAAACUAUUUUUAGUGUCAGAAUUAAGUAAAUGUAAAAGAAGUAAAGUAAAAGCAUAUCAGCUUCUGACUUUAAAUUGUAGGGUAUGCAACACCCCAUGAAUUAUUUACAUAUUUUCUCACUGACCACAUACAAAAAAUUUACCAAACAUAACUACUGUGCUUGGAGCAUUGCAGUUAUGUUGAUCAUGGUAAUUUUGAAAAUAAUUGUGAAGGGGAACUCUUCCUUAUUUCAGGUUAAAGACAAAAUCUAUGUUUUAUCAUGGAUAUGACAGUUAUCUUAGACAUGCUUAUCCUUAUGAUGAAUUAAAGCCUUUGUCCUGUAGUGGCCAGGACACAUGGGGAAGGUAAGAUUACUUUAACUCUUUAACUCCCAUGAGUGUCCAAAACAGAAUUUCUCCUUACAAUAUCAAUACAACAUCAAGCAGAUAAGUGAUGAGAAUAAAGAAAAAUCUUAAUUAGGGGAUUAUUAGUUGAUCCAAUACCAAAUUCUCCAAACUAAUAUCAGAAGACCUAUAUGGCAGACAGUAAAGGAGAAUUACUUAUGAGAUCUUGGGAGUUAAAGGGUUAACUGUUAAGCUACAAUCAAAUUUCAGCAAAAGCCCAAGUUUGAUAUUUUGAAAUUCUCUCAACCUUCUUACUCCCAGAUGUGAUGAACAUAUAAGUUCUCCCUGUGAUUCCACUAAGUUAUCUUGCAAAGAGGUUAUUAGAACAGACAGGCUUAUUAGCCAGAGAUGUCCGAGUGGUGUAUCACCAAACUCACCCCUCUGAUCUACAAGGAAAUGUAACAUGGCCAGAGAGGAGAAUUGCUAAUUGGAUCUUGGGAGUCAGAGGGUUAAAACAAUAAGUAUGAGUAUGGGACUCUGAGUUCUAAACUGCCAAAGUCAGCAGUUUAGUCUUAAAUCCUGUUGAGCUCUAUUGUCUAAAAAAAUUAAAGAAUUAAAAAUGGGGGUGUUGCAUGGCUCAGAGUUCUAGGAACAUAAUUAUAUUUAAGGGUGUACUGUAAGGUUGAAAGAGGAGAUAGUGUAGGCUGUUUUUCUCAUACAUAGCCCUCAUUAGAGUUUUCCAUUUGCAAAAGUUGUCAUAUACUCUUUUCAGGAGCUACUCUUACCUGGACAAUCAGAGCACACAAUGAACUAUUUCAGCAGGGUUCAAAGCAUUUACCCAAAGAUUAGACAUGUUGGUUAGCAAAAAGAUCACAUUAAUUACUGACAGCAAAGGUUGCAUAUUCUAAACAUGAAGUAUAAUUUUUUAUAUCAUCAGCUACUCUUUAACCUUGAUAGAUGCCCUGGACACACUGCUAGUGAGUUGUAUAAAGUUGUUAGAACCAUAGAAAUUAAGGAAUGAUUGAGAUAAUGUCUGAUACAUUUACCCAUUCAUUUAUUUUUUAUCUCUACACCUAUACCUUUGCUUAUUCACUUCAAAGUUGAUACAUAAUGUAGUUUCUUUGUUCCUUCCUUAAUUUGUUCAUUUAUUCCUUCCUUCCCUAAUUAAGCCAUUAAAUAAGUACUUUAUCAUUCAUUCUUUCAUCUCUUCCCAUAAUUUCAAAAGUCCUUUUGGUUAAUACUAACUGAAAAAUGGUGACAUUUUAAAAAGUCUUCACAAUAAAUACCAACAGAGUUCCUAUGUACUUGUGUCAUGUUGAGUUCUUAAAUGUGUUUUCAGGUUCUUGGAAACACAUCAGAGUUCCAGAGGAUCACAAAUCUGCUGGAACAAACUUUAGAUUUUGAUAUGGAUAUUAAUGUUUCUGUGUUUGAAACAAACAUAAGAGGUGAGAACUUAGUUGAUAAAUUCAAAUUAUUACUGUUCUCAAGCACAAUACAUGUAGUCUGAACCCUUUUACAAAAAUUUUCUUUUUUGCUAAAGGUGACAAAUGUUUCAUUAUUACUUUUUAACAAUAAUGCUCCUUCUGAAAAUAAAUUUUAUUUUUAAUUGAUUAAUGUUCAUAUUGCAAUGUGAAGUAUACAGUCAGCUAAAUUUAUCAUUUUAUUAUAAUUAUUUUAUUAUUAACAAUAGGUAAUAUUUACAUUUUAUUAGUUGUUGGAGGUCUUCUGUCAGCUCACUUACUUGCACCAAGGGCUGGAGUGACUGUAGAGGAAGGGUGGCCAUGCCAAGGCCCUCUGUUGAGACUUGCAGUAGAUGCAGCUGAGAGGCUGCUGCCGGGUUAGUAUGUUAUAUUUUUGCUUUGUAGGGGCAGGCAAGGAAGAAAGGUCAUGCAGAGUACUUGAAUAACUUUUUUUUCUAUAUGAAAGCACAAUUUUAAAGUAUGUCAUUAAUUCUCAGCUUUUAACACCCCAACUGGAAUGCCAUAUGGUACUGUGAAUCUUCGUUAUGGAGUCCCUCCAUCUGAGACACCAAUCACCUGUACUGCAGGGUGUGGCACUUUCAUUGUAGAGUUUGGAACAAUCAGCGCCUUGACAGGUAACAAUAAUCUUUAUUAUAUGACUUGUUCAGUAAGUAGGAUCAGUAAAAUGAGUGCUAUGUUUUGAUUGACUUUCUGAGCAGGCAAUAUGAGGCCUCCCUGGAAUCACCCAGUUCUAGUCAAGUUGACAUUGUAACCAAAAAACAACUGUCACUAUCUUCCCCUGAAAACAGAGAAACAAGCAUAACAUGAUAAGUUUUGUAGUGUAAUCUUUUUCGCUGUGUGAUAAAUGCCUCACUAUCCAAGCUUGCUUAGUUGAUAUGGGUGUAAAGAAAUGUGUUACAUAUAGCUUGAGAGUAGUGUAAAGUAACUGGUGAAUAUUCCUCAUGUCCAAUUAAAAGGUAAUAGCUCAGGCCAUUAAAACAUUGCUGGAGAAUUGUGUGUGUAGUAGGCAAAGAAUUCUUUUAUCUCUGAUGCUUGUUGAACCCCCUGAAUGUAUGAAGUAUCCAGUGUUUAAUAAAAAUAACAGGGUAACAAGAAGUUCCUUGUUAAGUAUUGCUUUGUUAUUAAAUUCAAUGUUUCAAUUAGGUGAUCAAAGAUUCAGGGAUGCUGCUAUGAAAGCUUUAGAAGGUCUUUGGAAAAGCAGAUCAAAGCUUGGACUGGUAAAGAUUUAACUCUUCCAUGAUAUUCAUGCUAAAUACAAGCCAUCGAUGUGAUGGAUAUGCAUCAUAAUGUGUGCCAGUUUGUUUUGUGAAUAUAAUUACAUGACUUAAUGCACAUGGCAUCCAGUGCUCUUCUUCUUGUUGUUACCUAAUAUUGCAUCCUUAGAUCAUUCCCUACUCCCUUUGGUGGGUCUCAAUUUUCAGCAUCCUUUUGACACCCAAACAUCAGUACAGGCUGCAGUACAAAUGAAGGGGGAAUAGCCCUCCUCUUUCUCGGGUAAGAAUGUCCACAUAAAAAUACUUGCGUAAAAUGCUUUAAGUUAAGCCCCUACCACACCUUCCUACCAGAAUUUUUGCUCCUCUCUCCCCUCCUAACACCUCAAUAAACUGAUGUACAAUCAACCGCAGAGCUUUCUUGGUUUUUGUGUUAUGCUGUUUAUUGUCAUGGAACAAUCCUGAUAACAUAAUAUUUUCCUUUCUUUUUUUUUCACUCUCUAUUUUAGGUGGGUAACCAUAUUGAUGUACUGAGUGGAAAAUGGACAGCACAGGAUGCAGGCAUUGGAGCUGGUGUUGACUCUUACUUUGAGUAUCUCCUUAAAGGGGGUAUUUUGUUUAGUUUGCCAAUAUUGGUAGACAUGUUCAAAGGUAAGCCAGGAUAAUUUACUGGUCUGAGUGCUGGUAUUUUCACAUGCAAUUUAUUCCUUUACAAGCCUUCCUAACUUGGAUAUUAUCAUGAUAUUACACAGGAUAAGGAAAAGAUAAACUGAAAUGAGAGCCAUAAAAAAUAACAUUCAGAUCUAGUGGAAUAUACACAAUUUUAUGAGCAGGGAUUGAGCAGUGGUGAGAGUGCUUGCCUCCCAUUGCUGUGGCCCAAGUUUAAUUCCUGAACCUGGUAUCACAUGUAGGUUGAGUUUUUUGUUGGUUCUCAUCCUUUGUCAGUGGGUUAUUCUCCAGGUUUUUGGGUCUCCUCCCUCCACAAAAUCUAACAUUCCAAAUUCCAAUUCGACCUGGAAACUGUGUACAAGAAGAGUCACCUUGUGGAAUGUUCAUGGCCAACUUCCCAUUUUUGUUAUCAUCAUUGUCAUUACUCUAACUUAUUAUAAUUAGAAAAUUAUGGAUGCUUACUUUAGGCACACAUUUUACUUGGUGACUAACUUUUUAGUUUAUCAUUAUUUAUUCUUAUUUUCUAUCAAAGAAUUGUAUGGCAAAGUUCAGCAGCACUUGAAGAUUAGUGAUUGGUAUGUGUGGGUCCAUAUGGAUAAGGGUCAGAUUACAAUGCCAAUCUUUCAGUCUCUUGAUGCCUAUUGGCCAGGACUUCAGGUAGGUGACAGCUGUCAUUGAUUAGCAGACACAUUGCAAAACAAUUAACUGAUGAUUGCGAUUGCAGCCAUCUCCUUUGAAAUCUGGCACUACAUGAUGUUAGUCAGUAGGUUGUAGUCUUAACUCUCAAACACUCAUGAGUGACCAAGACAGAAUUUCUCCUUACAAUAACAAUACAGUAUCAAGCAGACAAGUAAUGAGAAUAAAGUAAAUAAUAAUGAGGGGAUUUCUAGUGAUGCAAUACCAAAUUCUCAAAACAAGCAUUACAAGAAUUGUUUAGCGGUCAGUAAGGAGAUCUCGAUUAUUAAUGAGAUCUUGGGAGUGAAAUGGUUAACAUUUAAAAUUGAUAUUUUUGAAUAGACAUUAUGGGGUGAUAUUGGACCAGCAUCAAGAACUCUUCAAAAGUACCACAGUGUCUGGCGGCAUUUUGGAUUCAUCCCUGAGUUUUAUCAGAUUGCAUCUGGAGAGCCUUACUCUGGAAGAGCUGGAUAUCCCUUGAGACCAGGUAGAAAAAUAAUAAUCAUAUUUUGAUGGCCAAAGCUUUUUUUUUUUUUUUUAAUACAAUAUAUAUUCCUGUUAUGUUACACCAUUCUCCCUCUCCUACUUUUCUGUAUGAAAAUGCUGGCAACACAAAUAAAACAGUUCUACUGCACCAUUGAACAAAGUGUGCUAGUAAAGCAUUUUUGUAUGAGAAUUGAAAAGCAGCUGUUGUGUAUUAUAUCAUUUCCUCUUAUUCACUUCAUUUAAGGAUACAGACCAGUAGUUUUCUUAUGUACUGCCUCAUGCAGUUCAAGCCACAAUUUCCCACAUGUAUUGUGGAGAAAUAAGGAAAAUAAACCAUUCAAAGAGAAAUAAAUAUUAAAAUAAUCCAACGUGUAUUAAGGAGUCACCCACAGGGAAUAACAGGAUGAUAGCUUCAAGCAGGUUGACCGCUUCAUGUACAGGUUCCAUUGAAUACUAGUAUAAAAAAAUCCCAUAAUUUACCACUUAAUUUACAAAAACUUGGUCAAAAAUAUUAUAAAGGUUAAUUUGGGAGAUAAAGAUAUGGCUGAAAUUUUACUGAAAGAUUAUUCUUAGUUUUAUUUGUUGAGUGGUUGUGCUUCAAGUGACCUUUCAUUAAUCAGAUGGAGAACAAUACAGUUAUUAACCCUUUAACUCCCAGACCACAUUUGUAAUUCUCCUUACUGUCAACCAUACAAUUCUUAUAAUGUUAGUUCAGAGAAUUUAGUAUUGGAUCAACUAAUUAUUCCCCAAAUUGAUAGUUUUCUUUACUCUUUAAUUUAAUCACUUUUUGGGUUAAUGUUUUAUGGAUAUUAGAAGGAGAAAUUCUGUUUUAGUCACUCAUGGGAGUUAAAGGGUUGAGGGGGAAAAAUUUCAGGAUGCUGAUAACCAACCACUUAAUACAGGGUGACCUCUUAUACAGUGCCACAUAAUACAGGCUUGACUGUACAUCUUUGUAGGGCAUUACUACUGCUCAGCUUUUUGAUAAGGGAAUCUUGCAAACCUAGCAGUUCUGUUUGUUUUUAACAGCAAUUGUUGCAUUUGUUUUAGAGCUGAUUGAGAGUGCCAUGUACCUAUAUCGUGCAACAGAGGAUCCAUAUUUUCUUGAAGUAGGGAGGGAUAUGCUGGAAUCAAUAGAGAGCAGUGCUAGGACACCAUGUGGUUAUGCUACAGUGAGUUAAACAUCACCUUAAAACAUUAAAAUAAUCUGAGUGCACAACUAUCAGCAUUUUUUUUUGAGUUGUUGUGUAGUGACUCAAUGAGUGCUGUGGCUAGUGCUACAAAAUGUAGGUAAGGGAUACAUUUCAAAGAUAUUUUAGGUUUUACUUAUUAGCAUAUACUAGGUAUAAUAUUUUUGAGGAUUUUAUUUUACUUUCAGGAAAAAUUUAAGGAAUUGUAGAAUAUGGCUCCAGUGAUGUUUAUGUGUAAAGGGUUAAAGGGGAUACUUUUUCAAAAGAUGUCUCCUUGCUAAUUCAGUUUCAUAAAAUUUUUUUUUAGAUAAAAGAUGUCAAAACACAUGAGCAAGAGGAUAGGAUGGAGUCUUUUUUCUUAGCAGAAACAACCAAGUAUUUGUAUCUUUUAUUUGAUGAGCACAAUUUCAUUCACCAGAGCAAUGGCUCUGUGGAUCAACAAAUCAAAGCAACACAAUCACCUUCAUGCAAUCCUGGCUCUGCAGGUUACAUAUUCAACACAGAAGCUCAUCCAAUUGAUAUUGGAGCAAUUCAUUGUUGCUCACCUUCAAGACUGACAUAUAUUCCUGAAGAAUUAUUUAGAACUAGAGAUAUGUUAAUAGAAAACUCCCAAGAAUUAAAUUAUGAAAGUAAUGAGGAUUUGAAUGAUGAAGAAGAUGUGGAGAAGACUUUCACCGGUGCCUACACUUGCAAGGAAAGGCCUUUCCACAAGAGAUUCUCAGUGUUAGGUGCAUUCUUUGAAGGAAGUGAAGAGGCACCUUAGUACACACUUAGGUUAGUCUCCUUCGCAGAUUUUUUUGGAAUGUCAUGUAGCACUCUGGGAGCCAUGCUUGACAUCUUAAAGAAUGGUUGUGAAGAAGAAUUUACGUAGAUUGGCAACACAGCAUAAAGAAAAUAAUAUAAAUAUUUAUUCAGUUGAAAAUUAAAGUUCUAAAAUAUCUAUUUUUCUAACAUGGUAUAGCAUGAAAAUUUUGCAGCUUUAAUAUUUACAGAUUUGAGGGUUUUUCUGGACCCAGCUAGAAAAAAGGUCCCUUACCAGUCUUUUCUUUAAUAGCCCAUUAAAAAAGCUAAGGAAAUCAGAAUGGGCAUGGGGUAAGUGCAAGGCUCCUGUUCCAUUCUCUUGAUGUGACAGUCGGUUUGGGCCUUAAGGUAUUGCCCUUUUAUGUUAUAAAAAUCAGUAAAAUGACAUGAUAUAGAGAGUAUCCAGCAGGAAUUGAAAGUUGAAAAUUUCUGUUUCCUCAGUCUGUUGUUAAAAUACUGUUGCUCAAUGAGAAAAUCAUAAACAAAACAAAAAAAAAAAUUGGCUGACCUCUGAAAUAAAAAUCUUCCAAAAUUUUGAUGCUUCAAUGUUAAUAACAAAAUAUUAUUGUUUAUCUCAGGAUGUCGUCACUUCUGAUGCGAAUCACAAUUUUUUGACCGCGUACUGCUAGUUUUAUUCAAUUGAUGAAGCUCAGACAAUAAACUGGUUUCCUUAGGAAACACAAUACUGCAAUACUCUUCAUUAGGUGUUCUGUUACAAAUUCCAAAUUCCUCACCUGAACAAGAAUUGCUACAUGCAGCUGCUAUGUCAUGGUUCACAUCGGAAGUGACGUCAUUUUAUGACAGAUUAUCAAAAUAUUUUCUUAUUAUUAUACUUUAUUAGAAAAUGUUGAAAAAAAUUAGCAAGAAAACGGUUUGCUAAAAAGAAAUGGAUAAUUUAGAUAGGAAAUUUUCAGCUAUUAACAGUUAUGUGAAGUACACAACUGAAUGAUUUGAAAAAAAGUCGUGACAAUUUUUUAUUUCAUUAUUAUUAUUUAGAAUGUUACCAAUAUAUGAUUAUAAAAUCAUGACAAACUACAGUUAUUAAUAAUAUAGAGUCAAAAUUUAUACCAGUAACUCAUUAUACCAACCGAGUUUCUCCGACCAGUGUUUUACUUACUGAUAACAGAAAUAAAGGUGUAUCUGUAGC